AUGAGUUUACGACAGUCUCACCUUUCGCGCCUGUUCUCUCAAGCGUCGAGAAUCCUCCGAAAUGCGCCACCCGCGUCCACAACAACAAGGACAUCCUCCUCCCCGAUCCUAAGCCGGGCCUUUGGAAUGCCCAGCAGACGCGCAUUGAGCUUCCAGACCCGCGGGCCUUCCCAAAUAAAAUUCAGGAGCGGCCAGAUGCAACAACCAGGGAACAUCUUCCGGCGGUCGUUCUUCCGGUCUGCUCGGUCGAACAGCUCGGCGCAAUCGGAGCAGCAAGCGCCCUCUCUUUCGCAGCGUCUUCGCACGCUGUCGAAGGAGUACGGAUGGUCCGCGCUGUGGGUGUAUUUGAUUCUGUCGGCGGUGGAUUUCCCGCUGUGCUUUAUGGCUGUUCGGUUGGCUGGAGUGGAGCGGAUUGGCCACUAUGAGCAUGUUAUUUCGGAGUCGGUGAAGGGGGCUGUUCGGAAGGUGUGGCCCCCUUCGGAGGAGGAGGAGAAGGCUGCUGCUGCGUUGCAGAGGCAGGCAGAGCAGGAGGAGAAGGAGGCGGGCGAGGAGAAGGCUAAUGGUGGUGAAGCUAGUCUUUGGACGCAGCUUGCCCUCGCUUAUGCAGUUCACAAGAGUCUUAUCUUCAUUCGGGUUCCCCUGACGGCUGCGAUCACUCCCAACGUUGUCAAGGUUCUGAGGGGCUGGGGCUGGGAUAUCGUCAAGGGUAGGCCGAAGGGCAUGUAA